CCUCGGCGUCUGAAAGCAGAAAGCAGGUGACCUUGUGAAGAAAGUUACCGUCACCCGUCGGCUCGAAGUGUAAAAACAAAACAAAAACAAAACAAAUUUGCAAAGUAGGCGACAGGAUGAGUGAUUCAGAACAGCAACAAGAGGCUGACAAGCCACAGUGGCCUGAGAAUGGAGAUGAGUGGAGUGAUGGAGAGGAUGGGACCAAAAUGGACUGUGGGCUCCUGCAGGCCAUGGCUGAGGAGGAUGAGGAGAUCAACGUCUACAAUGAAGAGACGUUUGGAAUGGACCUUGAUGCACAUGGAACCACAGAGGACCCCAGCAGCAAUCUCCAUCCGUUUGGGGAGCUGCCACCACCUCCAUCACCGCCUCCAUCACCACCACCGCUGCCGCCGCCGCCACCACCACCACUGUCAUGCCCCAAACCACCAUCCCGCCAUAGCUCUCCCUCCCCUCCCAGACAGAGGCCGCUGUAUCUGCCCCGGGCUCCCCCAGGGCAGCGCGGCAGAGGUCGGGGACAGAGAGGAGGGCUGGGCAGGGGGCAGAUGUUUGAAGACCCAGCUGUGAUGAGGAUAGUGCAGGGGCAGCCGAGCCUCAAGGGUCUUGACAGUGCCAUAGUGGACUGUGGGAACACCAUGCAUUGGAAUACCUUUCAGGAUGACUAUUUGUCACCCUCUUCCAGAAAGACGAGAAGAAUCUCCGGAUCAAUAUUUCAGGACAGUGCUAUAGUGUGUGUGAUUGAUGGUCGCAGAGGUCAGCACCUGACCUCCAACUUCCUGGAUUUGCCAUAUCCUGUCUCUUCCUUCAGGGGCAGGAGAGGGGAACCCAGAGGAUCCUACCCCAGAAGACACUUUGGCCAAAGAGGCCCCUCUCAGAUGCAUGUGCCCAUGGUACCAGGAUCACCCAUCCUCACACGACAACCGCUCACCCCUCGGCAACAUUACAAUCAGACAGGAGGCUUCAGGUUUCCUGGGAGCCGGCCUUGCCCCUCCACUCCUCAGUCCCUGACUCCUAAGAUGAUGCAACUUCGCUUCGGUGCCAACUCACCAAGACCGUCCCCCUUUUACAGCCCCUUGUCUAAUUCAGUGCAGCAUUUCAGGUACCCUGGUCCUGUCACGCAGCUGCACCCCCAACAUAAACGACUACUUAAUCAAAAACAACGUAUAUUCCAAAGAAAACCAGAGGGCUGGGAUCCUUACUGUAACCUCAUGACGGCCAAAGAGAAGGAGUGGAUCACCAGGCUGCAGAUGAUUCAGCUGCAGAGUGAGCAUCCAUACCUCGAGGACUACUAUUACCAGGAGUACUAUCGGCGAAUAGAAGCAAAGAUGGCAGAGGAAGAGCUGGGUAUCAGGGGCAAGAGGGAGCCACCCAAGCUCACCACGCCUUUCAUCACGAAAACUGAUGCCUACACACCAGUUGUGCACAUUGAAGGCUCUUUGGGUCAGGUUGCUGUGUCCACGUGUUACACUCCUCGUCGUGCCAUCAGCGCAGUUCAUGCAGUCCAAGCUCAUGGUCCACUCGAGGAACAAAAAGACAUCAGACAACAACGGUUAGAGGUCCUUAGUAAAAUAGAAAAGUUGUUCAUAGUUCUGCUGGAGGUCGAGGAGAUGGAGAGGAUGAAACCCACGUUCUUGUCUGAAGCAGAAGAAAGAAGGUUGGUGGAGAAGACGCAGAGGAAAGUGGAGCACAUCUACUCCCAGCUGCAACACCAUGACCCCCUAGACUCAGGAGGAGAGUUUCUUCCUUUCCUGCUGGUCUCAAAAGGCAAAAGGCUCGUUGCCCGUCUGCUCCCGUUCCUCAAACACGAUACUGCACUGAAAAUCUUGAGCAUUGUGACCUUGAAUCUACCAACACUGAUGAGCAGAGAUACUGAGGAGGCUCUUCCUGUGCUCUAUCCGUCUCUGCGAAACGUGAUUGGAGGCCUGACGUUCAGUCAGCUCAUCGGGGUCCUCAAAUAUGUGACAUCUGAGUCUCUGACGACAUAUGAGUGCCUCACGCUGGCAUGUCAGAACAAGUUUGGACUGUCCCUACUGUAUGCUCUCCUGUCCCAUGGAGAGAAGCUGCUGUCCUCAGGUGUUCCUCUAGAGCCCAGCAUCGGUGACUUUGAGACCUGGACCGACACAAUAUUCCAGGUGGCGGGGCAGCUGUCCCAGUCUUCACUGGUGGAGCCACUCCUCCUGCCCUCAAACCUGCUCACUCUCUUCUGCCGUUACCUGGACAAGCGCACUGUGCAUCAGCUGAAAAGCAACAUGGAGUCUGCAACUGGAUUCCUGGCUCUUCCAUCUUAAGGUGGACUGAAGCUAAUGAAACGUUCAGCUAAUGACCAGGUUGUGGUGAGCACUAGAGUGAAAGGAGCAGAAGCACUGCCCUGACAAAAAGUCCUCAGUGUUCAUUAAAACAGAAGCAAAGUAAUAUGCUACUAAUGACCUGUGUUCAAAAUGUUUUGAUUCUUAUUUUCCCUCAUCCCUUCACGUUCUUGCACGUUUAAACUGUUUCCCUUUUAUUUCCUUUAUCUGAUCUUUUUACUUUCCUCCCUUUGUUCUCCAGAAGGCUAUGUCAGUUAUUCUGAAGUCCUGAUGUUUCCUUCUAAAACAAAUGUUGCUACCAUGUAAUGAGAUGCCAUAUACUGAGUUGGUAACAUUACAUUAACAGCUCACAUGUCAGUUAAUGUCAGUUAAUUGUAGGACACAAAGCUUCAGGUAUCACUUACAGAGAUGAAUGUGUUGGAUCAGAUAUUGAUGACUGGGGUGUGGAUUGUAUAGUAAU